GAACAGUGGAUUACGAGAGGGCACGCGAGAGCCGUGAUAAGUCGUCAUAAAAUGGCGAUUUGCGGUAUGAUGAGGGGAAUUAGAGGGGGAAAGCAUAUAGAAAAACUAAAUAAGUGACGAAAUUGCGUCAGAGAGAGAGAGAGAGAGCAGCGGAGGAUUGGGUCGUGAGGGGAAGAAAUGGUGGAGGACUGCAAGAAGAAUAGACAGAAGUGCAAAGAGAGCAACAGCGCUGGUGAACCGAGAGCGCGCCACUGCGCGCGCUCCGUGUGAUCUUUAACGCGUUGCGUUAUAGAUGUGUGCGUGUAUUCACGAUCGUUGGUUCGUUGGUCGCCAUGCUAGUGGUUUAGAGUGUGUAGUCAAACAAGAUCGAGUGAAGCAUAAUCCAUAAUGUGGCAAAAGGUUGGCGGGAGUUAAGAAGGGAAAAACAUAAGGACCGACGUGCGAGAGGAAACAGAAAAAGAUGAUGCUGGAUCCAAGUGUUUUGACGGAUCUGGAGGAGUUGACGCUUUGCGGAUAUUGCAAGCAAAAGUUCAACGACCUGGAUCAAUGCCCAAAGUAUUUGAGUUGCAAGCAUUACUUUUGUCUGCGUUGCAUCGAGAGCAAUUUGCUAAAGGGACGAGAUCUUUUUUGCACUCACUGCUGGAAGAGAACAGACCUCGGAGAUCAAGGUCCGGAUUCAUUGCCGACAAACUUGCCCCUCUUAGCACUGGCCAAUAAUUUUUCUCACCUCAAGAUUACAAACAAUGGCAACGCUAAGCCUGAGAAAGAGAGAAAGAGUGAAAAUUGUCACACGCACGGAAUGCCAUUUGCACUAUGGUGCUGUACGUGUUGCACCGUACUUUGUCGCGCUUGUGCGACGCCACAGGAACAUCCUGGCCACCAAAUAAAAUCAUUGACCGACGCCAAAGAACAACUUUUAUCCGACGUACAACUCGAACUAAUAUCAAUGACAAAAUUAUCCUCGGAGAUCCAGAGACUGGCGGUGCAACAGCGUGAAUUUUUAAUAAAAAUUCUGGAGGCUUGCGUAACAUUGAAAACGCACGUGGAGACAGAUUUGCAAAACGGUUGGACGCAUUUUCCGGAGAUAUCGGACGCGCGUGAGGCGUUGGGCAAGGCAAAAGCGAGUUUACAAAUGAUCGAGACACCCGGUGAGAUUUGGAGUUUGCACGGUCAAUUGGCAAUCGACAAACAGAGAUUGCAGGCCAAGUAUCAAGAGAUGAUGUUGCAAUGUCAGCUAGACGAUUUGAUCGGUAACUCCGGAGUGGUAUUUGAUUUCGGGUUGUUGAAGCAAGCGCUGGCGAGUAUACACUCGGGAGAAAGUAUAACUGCGCCGGGAAACGGCGGCACGAGAUCGAAUAAUCAUUUGGCAGCUGCUCAAAAUCCAAUAUUGUUCCUCGCUAACUAUUGCAUGUCGCAGCUGUACUCGCGACACGUCGUGAGCAAACAGCAACACAUGCAAAACGGCUCGAUCGAAUAUCACGGGAACAUUGUUGCCCCAUCAUUGAUUCAUCUCCAAGGACCGCCGCCACAACCGGUGCAAAAUUCUCAACAACAGCAACAACAAUUGUUGAUACAACCUGGCUCACCGUCGAUAAAAUCAACGUCUUCGGGACCUCCGACAUCGAUGUUACAUCCGGUUCAACAAAAUUCAUACAUGCAGGACGGCGUCGGGCCAGUCAUUCUCCACUCGCCGACGCAGAUCACUCCGAACAACGUUACGUCGAAUUUACGAGGACCCAACAAUCCGUAUCCCAUGUAUUACUUCAAUAUAGAAGUAAACUCGGCUCCUCACGGAAGAAUAGUGAUCGAAGUGAGGCCAGACGUCGCCCCGAAAAUGUCGAAAAACUUCAGCGUACUCGCAAGCGGAGAAAUUGGCUUCGGUUAUAAAGGAUGCACGAUAUUUCAAUGCUGGGAGGGCGAGUCAGUGAUAACGGGAGAUUUCGAGCUGAACAACGGUCGCGGUGGUCGUAGCAUUUACGAAGACGGUUACUUCAUGCCAGACGAUACGAAAUUUCCAGCUGUACGUGGCGCCGUUGGGAUGCGUCGUACCCAAAAACGCCACGACAAUUUGGGCAUGGUGGGAUCUCAAUUUCGCAUAAUACUCCAAGAAAUGAGAGGAUUCACCGGCAUUUUCGGACACGUCGUCGAGGGCCUCGAGCUCGUCGAGAAAAUAUCGACUUACGGUGAUCAGACUGGUAAACCGACGAAAACUAUCGUCAUCGCAAAAUCGGGUAAGUUGUAACAAUCGCGUCGCGGCAAUGAGAGCCCUUAAUUUAAUCUAUAUCGAAAUUCAACGAUCUCAUGAUCGCGGUGAACACGAAUUAUUGUUGUCGCUUCUCUGUAUGCAAUGAAAUCCCAACAAUCAAACGAAAGAUCAUUCAAGUAGGGAGCUCUGACAAUGCGUUAAUGUCACAUCGAGAAACGCGAUUGACUCUCGAAACGGUGCAACGUCGAAUUUGACGAAAAAGCAAAAAAAAAAACAAACAAAAAAGGACAAAAUAUGAAGAAAAAAAAUGAAAAGAAAACUUAAUUAACUAUUAAUUAUAGAGUCUAAAAAUGUUGAAUCUAUUUUUAAAUCGCGAACGCAUAAAAAGUUACGACGAAACAAACAAAAAGUUUAAAAAACGAAGUAGAAAAAGAGACGAAAACUAAGCGAAUAGAGAUGAAAGAGAUAUAUAAAACCGUAUUUUGCUAUUAUUGAGAAACAAAUAUGAACAAAAGAGAUAAAUAAUCGAGAAGCCUCUAAUCAGAUUUUCCUUGGCUGUUAUGAAGAUGCAAGGUUUUCUGAGAAACAACAAAAAUGAAUAUACGUACCUCGAAACAAGAAUCGAUCGUUAAUCGAUAAAACUUCUAGAGACUAUCGAAUAUAGUACAUAAUGUAACAUUGAUGACGCCGAUAAUUAGAUCAUUAUUAUGAUGACGAUUAUUACUAUUCCUUCUUGAAAAAAGUCCGUUGCCAUUGAUUUUAUAUGAUUGUGGAUUCGAUUAUCGACGAGAAACGUAAGAAUCGAUAUGUAUGAGUUUUGACGGAAAAUUGUGUGUACCUCGAAAAACAAUCGCCUGAUCACGUCGUAACGAAUCGUAUUGCGAUCGUGUCUAUGUCUUUUAAGUAGUAAGAAAAAAAAACAAACGGAGCAAAAAGACGAGAAAUUAAGAGCUCGAUUGAACGAUGGAAAUACACGCCCAGAGAAAUAUAUAUUAUUAUAUACAUACACGAAGACAUGUAUAUAUUUUUAGCCCGGAAAUUUCUCGCGCGCGCGUACUUUGGCAUGUGUGUAUGUGCGUGUGUAUCGCAUUUAAUUGUUAUUAUUUUGUUUUUGGCCGUGAGAGGAAAAGAAAAACCGCGAAAAGCCAUCGAUAAAAAUAGUUGAAAUCGGCACGACCACGUGUCAAUAGAUUAGCACUUUAUUCCAAAUAUUUUUCCGAACGAGAGGAAUUACAAAAAACAAAUGUUCGAUGUUUGUAUAGAAUAUAUAUAUAUAUAUAUAUAAAGGGAUGAAUUCUAUGCGAGACCCUCUCAACUUCCGACUUUGAGUUUUACGAUGAAACUUCAAGAAACUUGCCUCGAGUCCUGGUGGACACAAACUUUUGCCCCGCCUUAUUUUUUUUCUCCCUAUCAUAUUUUUGUCGAUGUUGACCAACGAACCGUGCGAAUCGUAAUAAUAAGCAUUAGCAUUUAAUGACACUUUAGAUCUCAAUGUUCAAGCAUUUGCCUAAGACGAAGAAUGGGGAAUUCGGAAGCCUCGUAUUUGAAGAAAGCUCAAUUGUGUAGCAACCACGAGAUCCGAGAAUGUUUCACAGAACAUGGGAGGACAAGAGAAAUAAAACAAAUUCCUGGCGCAGCCCUCCGGAAACUUUUUUGUCGAUAUCAUUAAAAAAUAUUAAAUCGUCGGGCCCAGAAUAUUAGAUAUUUAACGAAUCAUUCCGUUACUUCGUAUAUGAUGAAAAAUAAUAAAUAAAAAAUCGGAAGAAAAUUACGAAUGUCUUUCCGCGAUGUACGCUGCUAUACUCGUAAGAAAUUCUCACAACAAUCCAAUGUCGCGUAAACCCGCUGGAACACACAAAUGCGUAAGAAACGUUCCCGGUUAAACUCGCUGGAAUCCAUCGUCUUGUUUUUUCUUGAAAGGUUAUUUUAUUAUAAGUAUGCAUGUGUUUUUGUUCACCGAGUGUACCCGCAGGUCGACUCACGACAUCGACAAAAUGCAGGGUAGUACGAAGAAAUAAAUUAUUCUCACGAACUGUGCACGUACACGAAACGCGAAUUUGUUAACGAGAUGAAAGAUCGUGGCGCUCUUUCUCGAAUAACACGAAUCUCGUACGACGUUGAAAUUGUAAAGUUUUUAACAAUUGUUAAACGACAGUGAGAAGGAUUGUGAGACUCGAGUGUGUGAUAAUCGGGCGACGAAUUUGCAAGAGGAUUGUAACAAUACUCUGCGUCAGACAAAUAGGGGAAAAAGAGCGAAAUAUUUUUUAAUUCUCAUGUUCUAACAUCUUCACAGAAAUAACGCAUAUUUUAUUAUUUAGAUUCGAUCAAUUCAUGAGAUGAGUGAAAGCUUGAGAUAAGAGUGUGAGACUUCUCAUGGAGAAUCUUCACAUGACUGAAUCGAGCAAGAAUAUAGGAAUGGAACGAGAUACACACACGUACUACACAAAAAAUAACAGACCUGUAAAUAAAUAUAUUUUUAUGAACGUACCCGAGGCAAAUGCAAAAUGAAGUAGAAGUUAAAAAAAAAACAGAAUAAAUACAAAAAGACAGCAUAGAUUGUAGCCCGAUCUGAACGAAUCGUUUCGAUCCUCGUCCUCGCGAAUCGAUAUGAUAAUAAUGAUGAAUGAAUGGAAGAGUGGAAAUGUAGACAAAUGAGUAUGUGCUAUUACAAAAGAUAUCGAACUCGCGAUGUUCUUCUCUGUCGAAUUGUGCAUUAUGUCUUAAGUUUUGUCUUGUUUUACUUCAGAAACGAAAACAUGUAAUCAUACGAUUGCGUCGGAACAAAAACAAAGCAAAUCUGUUGAUGCGGAACACAUCAAGUUGUUAACGGCCUACGACAACGCGUGAUCGUGAGGCUUCGCUUGUUCCGUGCUUUAUUUCUUCGUUUUUUUUAUCCUUGUAUUUUAUGCCGAUUCGGUUGGAAAAAAGUUUGUUGCAAAGAAAAAACCUUAAAUGUACUCCACCAUCGAUAAUUUUAUCAUAAAAAUGUUCUUCAUUUCGA